CAGGGGUCGGCGCCAACAACCGCGCCGGCCGUCGGGACGCGCGCCGCCACCUGCAUUCUCUAUUUAUAUCGACGAUUCACCCCCCGCCUCGCUUCGCGCCUGCGCAGAACAUAUUCUGAAAACGACGAAAGUGAAAAUUGCACAUCAUGAUAGCGGCCGGUGCACCGCGCUGCCAUACAAUAGUAUUGCAUCAAACGAACUGCUAAUUAGUGAGUAAAGGACACAGCGAGCCGGCGUGUAGUGCGCCACGAGGAUGGCUGCGGGGCGCACGGCGACGGACUCCAUCAGCACUGCGGCAGUCCUGCGUCACGUAUCAGCUGUUUCACCGGCGAGGGGCGCGCGCUCGUGACGUUUCAGGCAAGCCGCGAGCCGCGGGCCGGCCGCGCGAUGGCGUCCACCAUGCAGCUGGAGUUUACGCAGGCAAUGACCGAUUUCAAGACGAUGUUCCCGGAUAUGGACGACGAUGUUAUUGAAGCCGUACUGCGCGCUAACCAGGGCGCGGUUGAUGCCACGAUUGACCAACUUCUAGCUAUGAGUACUGAUAACCAGAAUGAACGAUUAAGGCUCGAGAUGGAGCGCGUGGAAGGCAGCACGCCGUCUCGUCGCAAAGACCGCCGUUUAGGUUGCAGGGCUACAGACAACGGUGAUGACAACGACACCACGGCACUCGUAGAUGUUGACGACGAAUCGAUUCCAUUAGCUGUAAGAAGGAAAUGGGUGCCCAGAAUGCUGGGGCCACUACCUCCAAUGUUUCUCCGAAUACCGCCAGGGACAGACGCUAGAAUAGACCUGAGCCUAGAGAUGGACGACGAUCGCAUCGCCACCUUCUUGCAGAACGAGGAGUUUAUGGCGGAGCUGCGGUGGAAUCAGGAAUUCAUGGCAGCGCUGGACAGCGAGCAAGGCCAGAAGACUAAGUGUCACGAUGAUGAGGCAGCGUUCAAGGAGAGACUGAAAAAUAUGGGCAAAUCUUCUCGGAAGAAAUUUGCCCAGUUGUCGAAGAUGUUCAGCCGGGGCGGGUCGCGGCGGUCAGGCAGCGCGCGAGCUCCUCCGCGCGGCCCGCCUGACAGCCUGCUCCUCCAAGAGGAACACAGUGAUGACGACGACCGCCCACAGCAUCACGUUAAAAUAUAAACUACAUUUCCACUCUACGAACUUUCAGAUAGAGAUGAGAUAGCCUUAAAAGAAGUUACAAGGUUACGGAUAAGACUGGGUCUGUUUUGUACAUUUAGGAAAGGAAUACGAUUGAUAUUUUUCUGUAAAAGCACUUUAAAGGAUCAGCCAGCACUAGCAGUUACUCCUUUAGUAUCAAAUGUUGUCGGAUGUAGCGAGGUUGCGUUAAUGUUGUUAAAAGUUGCAAUAAACUAUGUAAAAUAUAAGUGAGUAGGUAGAUCAUGCUUUUACUGCGUCCGUCAAAAUGAUAAAUAGGAACCAGAGGUUCGCCUGCAUAGAAGGGCCGUCGCACUUGUCAUAUGCUAAAAGGCUAGAUAAUAUAAUAUUUUCUAUUAAAUUAUCCUUAAAUGUAGCUUUUGUGAGAUAAAUUACAUGAAUUCUGUAUUCUAAAGUACGUAUAGCAGAAUGCACGAGAGCGUUUGUAUCGGGCAUGAUACACGAAGUUCCACCCGGCUAUAGGUUAAAGACGGCCCUGGCCUUUGUCAGACAGGUUUAUAGAAAUAGUAUUCAUAUGGCGAUUCUAUAAGUACUAAGAACUAAAAUAUUUUCACAUACAUCUUCCAGUAGUUCCAUGAGAGUCAAUGCAUCCAAUAAUGGUAAGACAUGGCACUCAAAUACCAGCACCUAUAGAUAAGUAGGUAUAUCUACAGAGUUACCUACAUCUAGUCUAGAACAUAGAGAGUCAAUUUACAUAGAGAUGGUAAUCGAGUGGUCGACUCUUCGGUAACUUAAUUAUGCACAAACAUCUGUGCUCUAUACGAGAAUUACUUAAUAAUUAUUAUGCUGGGCAUGGAUACGAUUUCAAAGAAAGGCUGAUAAAAGAAACAAAUGUAUAAUAUAAAUUAUAACUAACCAUUUCAUAGCUAGCUAGGAAGGUAAUGUAAAUAACUGUUCUAUUAGAUAACUAGUCUGCUUUGUUUCGAUCCACGAAUUUUAGUGCCGUUAGAGUUAGAUGCUCAUUUUGUUUGGGUCAUCUCGUUGAUCGAAAUCUGUAAGAUGAUAGGUAGUUAGAUUAUGCACCGACAGUACUUUGGUCCGCACGAUCGACCAUGACCACGCGACAUUACUGAAACCUGAAUAAUAGCUAUACUGCGCAUUCAUUCCAUUGAAGCGAGAUGCCGUACAUUGCAUCCAUCUGUUAGGAAUGUUUGAGCCGUUUGGUGUUUACAGAAAAUACGAAUAAAAUAACGUUAAUAUUAAGCCUAUUUUAAGUAGCUUUUGUAGUGACAAGACCUAAGUUAAUUUUCACAGUUUUCACACAAAUUCAUACUGUUGUCCCACAUACCUAUACCUUCUCACGAAAGCAGUUAAUUAUAUAUAGGAUAAUCUUAAUCAGAAUAGUGAAAGAAGAACACCGUGUACAAAAACGUUAAAGUUUGUUACAAAACCCUGGUCUAUGAUUGCCGGCACUUGUUAG